GCGGCCACCGUGCGCCCCGCCGCGCUCGCCCUCUCCGCCGCCACCUGCUGCCCACGCCCGGACAUGGCUGGCAAAGCGCACAGGCUAAGUGCUGAGGAGCGGGACCAAUUGCUGCCAAACCUGAGGGCUGUGGGGUGGAAUGAGUUGGAAGGCCGAGAUGCCAUCUUCAAGCAGUUCCAUUUCAAAGAUUUCAACAGGGCUUUUGGCUUCAUGACAAGAGUGGCGCUGCAGGCUGAGAAGUUGGACCACCAUCCCGAAUGGUUUAACGUGUACAACAAAGUCCACAUCACCCUGAGCACCCAUGAGUGUGCGGGCCUUUCGGAACGAGACAUAAACCUGGCCAGCUUCAUUGAACAAGUAGCAGUGUCCAUGACAUAAACCCUGUCCCCCUUGCAUGCCUCAAGGGAAGGGUGUGACUGAAUCAAGGAGUCCUUGGUCCCCGAUGCUUGCUGCAGUCAGAAUUUGCCACAUUGACCCUGCUGCCCAUUUAGGGGUGAGUUCUUGCUAUGGAAAGAUACCAGCAUAACUGCCAACACUAGGAACUGACGCCUCUUCCUGUGCCAUUCUCUUCAUUCUUGGGGCUAUUAUGUUACACUAAUUUGAAUAAGCUCUCCUUUUUCUUAUAUAUUCCCAGCAACAGCAGUGAUGGUCCUUCUAGGCUGUCUUGCUUCCUUUCUAAUUCAUUUCCCAAGCAGCUGUGAAUAAAGGGUGAAAUGAAGUCCUAUCUUAGAACUCAUGAUCCUAAAGCAAGCCCCAUCCUGUGUGAUGGAAAUGGGUAUGCUUUCACGCUUUCAAUAAAACUAUGGUAUCACUAGUUUCUGGCUCUAGAACCUUCUUUUCCACAGGUCAAUACAAAUUGGAGU